CUCUCUCUCUCUCUCUCUCUCGCAGCAGAAAAACACUCAGAUCUCUAAGAAUCAAACCCUAGAAAGACAAAUUUCCUUCUUCAAUUUGAUUACAGAGAAGAGGAAGAGACCUAAGAACCCUAGUUGUUCAAUCCAAAUUUGGUCAUGUACUUUCGAUGACUAUAGCAUCCGAAACAAAACCUUAGAUCUUCGUAGAUCCUAAAGAGAACCCUAAAGCAAUGGCUUGUUUGGCUCUCUCGCUUCAACCAGCCAACGGAUCUGAUAUCCUUCUCCAGACUCGCGAAUGGUUCCCACCCGCGAGAGCUCUCUACGCUCUCAAUGCUUUUCGCCAGACUCGAAUCGCUUUUGCGAGCGGAAAGCACAACUCGGCCGAAGAUGGCGAUUCCUCUCUGGGUGAUGAUCCACUCGCUGCAUCGAGUGGGCAAUUGAUUGUCGGUGUUGAGAGCAAGUAUCGUGUCGUUUAUCGGCUCGUUAAUGGGAUCUAUGUUUUGGGGAUCACUACAGUUGACAGAGAUGAUUGUGUGAACAAUGUGUUUGAAUGUAUUGGGAUUGUUAAUCAGGCGGUGAGCGUCAUUGUCGCCGCCUGUCGUGGUGUCGAUGUAACGCCGGAGAAGCUCCAUAGGAAGUACGCGGAGAUAUACAUGGCUUUGGAUAUUGUUCUGAGAGGUGUGAGUAGCAUUAGGCUUGCAGCAAUGCUUGCAUCAAUGCAUGGUGAGAGCAUUGCCAAGAUGGUCCAUUCUGCGAUUGAUGCCGAGAACAAGAUCAGAGGAGCUGAUAGUUGGGUUAGUAUUGAAGGUCUCUCCAUUGAGCACCAGGCCAAUGUAGAGGUCUUCUCUAAUCAGAUGUUUGAGCUGCCUCCAGAGACAUUGGCAGCUGGUGAUGAAGUUGCUGUUACCCUUGCCCCGACAGGGCCGGCCUUGGCUGAUCAACAGGAUGAGCAGCAACAAAAAGAGGAAUCUCCGACAGAGAAGGAUCCUUUUGCUGCCAGUGAUGCUCUUAAUAAGCCGGAGGAGCUUGUGGGUGGGUUCAAGAAGAACAAGGAUCCAUCUGCAAACGAUCUGACAACAGCUCUAGCUGGGCUUGAAGUCACAAAUCUGCCACCAGCUGUAGCCACACAACCAACUAAAAUUAGUGUAGCAGGGUUUGAAGGGGACUAUGGUGGCAUAGAGUAUAGUAAUGAGGAGGCGAGUUUACGCGAAGCUUUUGAAGGCUUUGAUGCUGCCUUUGGUGGAGGUUUGGAUCCAUCGGAGUUUGUGGGGACAGAAAAGGUUGCGAAGCCACUGGGACUGGGACUGGGUGGCCUGGAAGCACUACAAACAGGGCAGAGUGAUACUGCAGCAGCAGCUGCAGCUGGAACCGGCACUCCUCUUGAAAAUUUGGUGACUAGAAAAGAAAUGAAGGGUCCUGAGAUGUUUAUUUCUGAAGAGAUCAGUGCAGAGUUCAGGGAAUCACUGCUUGCUAGGGUGGGCUUAAUGGGUGUGGUGCAUUUAAGAACAUUGCCUCCUAAAACUUCAGGUGAUAAGGAAACUGAGUUUUCCUUCCGGCUUGAGGGAACGGCUGGAAUUAAGAGAAUCGUGAUGCAAAGUUCUAGUGUCAGCAGCCUGGGCAAUGGGAUGUUUCAUCUGAGGACAGCGUCUUCUGAGGAGCCAAUACCAAUCUUGAAGUAUAGUUUGCUGCCUCGUCUAACUCCAUUGCCUCUAAGGGUUCGUCUUAUCCAGCGUCAUACUGGGACUUUACUUUCUGUGAUGAUACAGUAUGCUUCCAAUCCGGACUUGCCUGCACCCUUAAAUGAUGUAACUUUUGUUCUGAAACUACCAGUGGAGCCGACUUUGUUGAAUGCGUCUCCUAGAGCUGUUUUGAAUAGAUCUGAAAGAGAACUUAGAUGGCAUGUUGAUGAAAUUCCUCUUAAGGGUCCUGGUCAGUUGAGGGCACGGAUGCCUGUUGAUUCUGAUGAGCUUGCUGGAGAAGAAAUUGAAGUUAUAGGACUGGUGAAAUUUUCUGUACUAGGAAGUAGAACAUUGUCUGGGGUAACACUACGGCCGGCUACUGAGGGUAAGACAGACUUCUAUGAGAUUAAUCACACAUAUAGUAGUGGAGUUUACAUGUGUAAUUGAUCUACUUGCGGAAAGUAUUUGUUUUUUUUCAUCCUCUUCUGGUUCUGAGGUGAGUGGUUUGGCAGAAUUUGCAAUAUUCGUGGAACUUGAUUAUAAUUCUGAUUCAUUUUGUUCUUAUGUGAGAAUUUUAUGUAUUUUUUUCUUGAGGUUUUAAAUACUUUUUGUCCUUUCUGUGUUGUAGGAUAUAUUCUUAUUAAGUCCAAGAUUUAAAUUCACUUUGUCAUUUUAUAUUACACAUAAUUUGUAUCUUUAUUACAUGUUACGUGCAUUGUCAGGGGUAAGAGUAGCCAAAUUGAUUUU